CUGUGGCAGAUGCUGUCAGUAGCAGCAGCUCCGACCUUCUGUGAAAACGUUCACAUGAGUCUUUCUCACAAUGCUUCGGAUUGGUUGUUUUUUUGUUUGAAUUCAAGACUGAUUUUCUACGAGUCUUGAACUUUUUCCAGCAGGACACGCCUGGAUUCAGAUUCUAGUUCUGAGCUUUCAGCAUUUGUUGAAACAAACAUUCAGUCGACUCCUUGACUAAUGAUGGAGAAUCCAGAGCAGGAUGGAGAGCCCCUUCCCUCUUUCAUCCAGACGAUCAGCGAGAUGCUGAACGCAGGCGUCAAACCAGAGCCACAUCAGGAACCGGAGCCUGAAUCCAACCAGGAGACCUCGGAGUCACUGAGCGGGCCCCUGCAGCUGGAGCACAUGGAGUCCCGAAGGCGGCAGCUUCGCAACAGACAGGUGAUCCUGCAGAAGAUACAGCAACUGAGGAAGACGCCAGGAGACGACAGUGACAGGAGCACAAAUGAAGUGACGAGUGAGGACAGUGAUGAAGUGUGUGAGCUGGAGAACAUUCAGAAGGAGCUGCAGGAGCUGCUGCUGAAUAAGCUGCAGCUGGAGACACAGAUGGAGAACGUCACCCACACAGCAAACAGAGGUCGAGAGGAUAAAUUGUCCAUUAUUUAUAAAACUGAGCCGCCGUGUGGAGGGAUCUACACGCUUCCACCUCUUCCGCCGACACAGGAGAACACCAUAGAGGAGAUGAGUGAAGAAACUACUCCCGCAGAAGAAACACCAAUAGGUCGACAGGAUGAAUUGUCCACUCUUCAUAAAACUGAGCCGCCGUGUGAAGAGAUCUACACGCUUCCACCUCCUCAGCUGACACAGGAGAACACCAUAGAGGAGAUGAGUGUAGAAACUACUCCUGCAGAAGAAACACCAAUAGGCCCCAUCGUUCCAGUGGAAAGCCUGCUUUCGAUGCAAGCCUUCACCCGCUGUCCAUCCUGUGGCGAGGCCGUCUUUACAGAAAUCCGCAGCGUAGUGGGCGAGACAAUAUGGAUGCUCUGUUGUGUGUGUUCCAUGCUUGGGUGUGUAGCAGGCUGCUGUCUGAUCCCUUUCUUCAUGGAGAACGUAAAGGACAUCCACCACCGGUGUCCCCGGUGUCAGGCUCACAUACACACCUACCAGCAUUUGUGACAUGGACACCGCGGAGGAACUGCCACAAAUAUUUUACCAAGUUGCUUUUUUAUAUGGACAAAGGACUUGAUUAAGACUCUGGAGCCGAUCAGUGAAAUGUGCCUGGAGUCGACUCGGCGCUGCUGCAAACUUCACAAAGGCUCGGAGGAAACAUUUCUUUGCUCGACGGCCCUGGUUCUGUGAUGUGACUGUGAAUAUCCACGGAACAUGGAAUUCAGGCUGGAAACAGAACUUAGUGAGUGUGUCGGAGACGAGUGCUGGUGUACGGACACAGCAGCUGUUGGGACUAGGAAAAUAUAUUUAUGGGCACAAACCACUUGUAUGUAAAGUGGAAGCUGAUCUACUGAACAGAUGCAAACGCAGGCAAAUCACCUGACCAGAAAAAACUGUUCAUAUGCAGCGAGGAACACAAGACAAAGGCGGUGGCCCUGUCCAGUUCUUUUG